CUUACUUUUUUGGCGGGAACUCUCAACACACGAACAGUACUGACUGGACCCAAUUCCUCAGUGCUUUCAAGCUAUAAACACUCUAAAAGUAUUGGCUCUGCUUUUCAUGAAGAGAGAGAAAGAGAGAGAGAGUUGAAAUUAUUCAUCUCCUCCACCGAAAAGAGGAUCCCUUUUUCAAAUUUUAAACAUUGUCAAAGCAGAUAAGGGUAAAGGCCAAAUGGCAAAGGCCAUCAUCUUCGCCUCUCACUCUCCAACUCCACUGCAAUUAAUUUACAGCCAGUUCUAAGCGCUCCUAAACCCUUCACCCAUGUUCUCUCCCUUAAACCCUGAUUCUCCCAUCCACAAGACCCUCUUCCUCAUCCUCAUCCUACUCCUUCCUCCCCUCCACGCUCUCCCCCCACCCUUUCCCCUCCCCAUCAACGCUACCUGCGCCCCAACCUGCGGCCAAAUCCCCGUCAAGUUCCCCUUCGGCACCCGACCCGGCUGCGGCCACCCGGACUUCUCCCGCUACAUCAAGUGCACGUCCGGGUCGCUCCAUUUCUCCACCGGCUCCGGCGUCUACACUGUCUCCUCCAUUGACUACUCUUCCAACACACUCAUCGUCUCAGACCCCCUCAUGUCCACCUGCUCUUCCAUGCAGAACUCCGGCAGCUUCAGCCUCGACCGGUCCAGCCCGUUUACCGUGUCGCCCGAUGACGUCUUCGUCCUCCUCGGGUGCUCCACCUCGUCGCCCGUGUUCGACCCGGACGAGGACCUGUGCCGGGGCGGAUCUGGCUCCCGCGCCUGCGAAGGGAUGUACUCGUGCAAGGGCGUGGCGGGGAUCGGGUUGGGACCCAACGCCCCGAUCUCUACGUGCUGCGUCUAUGCAAUGCCGGCGGGCGUCGGAUCGGGUUACAGGGUGGAUCUUCCGAAGCUGCAGUGCGUGUCGUAUGCGGCCAUAUACAGUUUCGGGUCGGACGAGGGGGAUCCGAUGAAGUGGAAGUUCGGGAUAUCUUUGGAGUUUAAUAACUCGUACGGCACGGCGGCGUGCCGCGAUUGCGAAGCGAGCGGCGGCGCGUGCGGGUACGACGGGCUGGAUGAGGCGUUUGCUUGCAUUUGUGGGAGUGGCCUCAACAGCACCACCAAUUGCUUUGGCCGAGGGUAUUCUUGGAGUGGGACAUGGGGAGGCCGAGUGCCAGCCAAGAUGAGCAGAGGAGGUACAAUUUCAUUUCGAAUCAAUUAUCUUUUUGUCUUUUGCUCCCUUUAUUUACAUGAAAGUCUUCUUUUGCCCGAGACUUUUGCUACCUGUGCACGGGCCUGUCAUCAUCCCAACACACCAGGUCUCCCGAAAGAAAUGGUGCCAAGCCUUCAUUUCUAAUCAAAUACUUGCUUUGCUUGCGUCAAAUUUAAUUAAUUAAUUAAUUAAAAUUUUCGACUAAUACUAAUCAAAAGCUUACUAAAUUGCUCAUCAUUACAUUUUAUAUCAAGUAUAAAAAUAAAGUUUUAAUUUUGAAAUUUGAAUUUGAAUUCUUUGUCCAUUAGGGUAAAAUGUAAUAUAAAUUUGUAUUAAUUUUUUUUAUUUAAAUUUAAAGUUCAAAAUCUGUGCUCUCAAAUACUAAUAUCUUCCAUUCAUUUAACUUGUAUUUGUAUUGAGUUUAUAUAAGAUGUAAUAUUGAAUUGUAUUGAAAAUUUAUUCAAAUUUAUCAAAAUUCAAAUAUAAAUUUUGAAAUCUGCGCUCCCAGCAUAAAAUUUAUUAUUCGAGUUUACGCUUUUUACUUUUUAACUUCUUUAUUAUUAUUAUUAUUUAAAAAAAAAUUUUUUUUUUUGUCCUUGUAUGUAGGAUACUUGCUCUUGUGGAUGGUGCUCCUUAUUUUAAGUAGAUGAGAUAUGCUCAGAGAAAAAAGCCCAUCACUUGGUGAGAAGCAGAGUUGUAGUAUUCUUUGUUGUGCAAAAUGUAAUAUCUAAUUACGAUGCUUUAGUAUUAAUUUAUUUGCAAUUUGUUUGCACCUUAUGAACAAGUAUUUAAACAAUGUGUUUUAUAUAUAUGAAUUUUUUUUUUUUUUUAUAGAAUUGA